ACUGCAAUGGCUUCCACGGAGUCGCAACCACGGUUUGGGCAGUCUGUGAAAGGUUUAUUGUCAGAUAAAGUGGGCUCCUGCAGCGGGGAUGUAAUUGCCCUGACUCGCCAGGUACUAAAGGGAUCACGGAGUCAAGAGCUGCUGGGACAGGCCGCCAGAAACAUGGUUAUUCAAGAGGACGCUAUUCUGCACUCUGAGGAUAGUCUGAGAAAAAUGUCCAUAAUCACCACCCAUUUGCAAUAUCAACAAGAGGCCAUCCAGAAAAACGUGGAACACUCCAAAAACCUUCAGGAUCAACUGAGACAUUUACUAAAGUGAACUAUCAGCCCUGAGACACUCAGGGGAAAGACAAUGAGCUGCUCCCGUCUGUGAGGCUGGACGCAGGUCACCAUGUCUAAAAUGGUGUAAAGGAUAUGUGGUAACUGCAGACGGUGUCUGACUCCCACCGAAAUGUGCAAUGUUCAGACCGUUGAGUACAGAAAUGUAAUGGAAGGGCUGUGAAGUCCACGAAAUAUUAUACCUGUAAUAGCAGAUUUUUCCACUUGAGUACAUUCACGCUCCUUGUAAAAAGAAAAAGAAAAGCAUAGUGCCCUGUAUGUACAGGAUUUAUUCUGCAUACCAGAGAAUGUUGUCUUUGACACAAUUCUAUCAGUAUGUUUAUGUUUUACCUUCCUGACGUAACACCUUGCCUUCUGGACUGGAUGCUGCCUGGUAGCUUCCACGAGUACAUGCUGUUGUCCAGUGUAUGCACAUUAGCUUAUGUCAUUCUUAUCUCACAGUAUUGAUGCACAUUGAUUGAUGCACAGUAUUUAGUGUACAUAAAAAUUAUUUAAUGUCUUUGCUUUUGACAUGAUCUGUAACAUAGUUAAUUCUGAGGCAAGUUAUUUGUUUUUGAGAGAAAUAAAGUCAAUUUAUUUACCU